UGACAUUUGGAAGCUACGUCACAGUCAGCGAUGGACGGACGGGCGCACAGGCAGCCUCUGUCAAGUCAGUCCGUCACUCACACUCACCCAUUUGUCUGCUCCCGCCUUAUCCACACAUCAGCCACCCAGUGCCACACACGCGGCGCAUAAGACUUGACGCCCUCCACGUGACACACGCACACCUCACAACUCGCACACUCACCCUCACCCUCCCCCUCACCCUCCCCCUCAUUCUCCCCCUCACCCUCCCUCACCGCCGCCCGCACCUCCCUCCCCACCCUCUCACCGAACUCCCGUCCGUCUGGCGCGUUGCCAUGCAAGUGCAGCCAGCCGCCCGACCGCUUCAGCACACGCAAAGCGGCGGGGAGCCCAUCCCAGCAGAAGGGGAUGAGACCCAUCAGCACCCUGUCGGCCGUGUCGGACCACUGAGCUUCAUCGGGGCCGUCAGGCAGGCCCAGCAGGCGGCUGUCGCCUUGCCGGAUUUCCAGACGGUCGUCGAGGUCAUCGAUGCUGUUCAGAGGGAGGGAGGCCCUGAAUGCCUGGAUCAGACCAGGCCGGGCGCCUUUCCGUGUCUGUGUCGGUCUGUCUGUCUGUGUGCGUGUGCGUACCUCUAUGGCCCGGGGAUUCCAGUCACAGGCGCACACCUUGGCGAUCGACCUCCUCGGGUUGAGUGCGAGCAGAGGGAGGGUAAAGUACCCAAUGCCGCAGUACAUGUCCACCACCACACUGCCCGUUUCCGAUGGCUGGCACGGGCAGUCUUCUGGCGGGCUCCACUCAGCCAUUCGACGCCUGCACCAUGUCACAAAGGAUAGACAGACAGACAGACAGCAUGGGUGCGGCGGGUGAGGUAUCGGUAUCUUUGUCGGUGACCGACCUUUCAGUGCCGUUUCCUGAUGCAAACAUGUUGGUAGUGACAUCAAAGCGGUAGACCACGCCAUUCUCGCGGUGGGUGGUCCACCCGUCCCCACCCCACAUCAACACAGCCUGCAACGACACAACAAGAUGCCACCAUCCAUCCGUCCAUUCAUCCAUCCAUCCAUCCAUCCAAAUCUCUCUCUCUCUUUCUGUCCCCUACUCACCUUGCUGUCCCUCGUCGGCCCCUCUAUCUCCCCCUGCACACCGACAGCCUUAACCCCAAGACCCUUCGCCAGCUCCCGCAACACAAUGCCGCCCUUCUCGGCGCCAUCAAGCCCACCGAAAGUCCCAUGUGGAAACAGCACAACGUCCCCAAGCCUCUCCCAUCGCGUCGGCACCAGGCAACUGGCGUCACUCACAUAACAGCCGGAUGGACCGGCCCUCAGCAGUGCUUGUGCGAUGCGGUCGCUGUCAGACGGCGGGAUGACUUGCGCGUUGCAGAGGUCGCCGUCGGCCACGAAGGCAAUCACCUGGUCGCCAUUCGCUGCCGAGCCAUUGCUCGCGAUGAGUUCAAUCGACUCAAGAAGGUCUGCCGGGAGAGAUGCCGCGUCAAAGGAGGCGAGAACGGGGACGUAUGACACCGCCGUGCUGUCAGCGGCUGCCUGCUGCUGCUGCUGUGUGUGGUGCGGUCUUGUGGUGAUCUUCCUGGCCCUGUCGAAGAGGCCUUGUUGCUCCAGGGCUUGCUUGAUGGACUUGACGGCGUGUAGAUCUCGCACCACGAUGCUCAGAUUCGAUGCGACAGAAGCGCACUCGCGACGGCUGACGCGAUGGGGAGGCAUUUCUGAGGCUGCCGCUGCUCUUGCCA